AUGGCACGCCUCACGGGGUCCCGCAUGACGCGAAGUCGGAGCCGAGAAGCAGCAAAUGCAGGUUUUAUGCCAAAUAAGGGAUCAUUAGAGCGAAAUUGGCUGAGCGGGGUGACUGAGGAGCCUUCUACUCCUUCUCCCGGCUCUAUUGUACCCAGACAUGUGGUACCAGAGUCGCCAGAAAACCAUGAAGGUCAUACCAAUGUCUCUGGUACGACCCUGGGUCACAACGAUGUGGAGCCCGUCGGUUCCCAAGUCGCCGAUAAAAUCGCGACCCACUUGCCGUUCGUUCAGCAACAGGCGACCCUUGUUAUGAGUCUCUUAGUUCGCCCAGACUUGAACCCGGACAGCCUUGCAGCUGAUUCGAAAAGGCUCCUCGAUUCUAAUCAUCCGAAUCGCAAACGCCUGAGACGAUCCGUUGAAGGGCUGACCGAUGAACUGGAAGACUCUCCUCUUUCUCGUGAUGGCAAGUCAUUCUUGGACAUCUCUCAGGCUCGUCGAUUGCUUUCGUCCGCGCAAUUGGAUGCAUCAAUCACAGAUAUUUAUAUGACAAACUGCGCUCUGUUGACUCUCAACAUGUUCCUCCCCAGCAUAGGUACCGAGUCCCAGUCAGAGGUCAUCCAGCAGCUAGAUUCCCAGUUCCCCGCAUGUGUCAUGAGCAACAUUGCGGACAGUUCUAUGUCAAGGGAAAUUGGAGCCAGUAAUACCAGCGAGACCACCUUCAAUCUUGCCUUGGGUAUCCGCACACAGUUCUUCGUCAUGGAAUUAGAAAGACGCCAACAUGAGCAAGACUUCAGGCCACUCUCCAUCUUGAGACAGAUCUUUGCUAUAGACCUUGCGCCCAGCGAAGAUGGCUCCCCGGGUUCUUUCCGAGGGUUCAACUUGCCGGGUGUCUUACAGAACGAGGAUGGCCAUCUUCCAGAACACCUACCUGAAAAGUUCCUCGUCGCUGUCAGCGAUAGGUUCAAUGAGCUUCACGAGGAAAUUUCUGAGUGGGAUUCCGUUGAUAUUGAUGGUCUGAAAAAGGCAUACAGAUGGCGAUCGUUUGAACGGGACCUUGCACGUUGGAUCUAUGCUCGUGACAGAGAAAUCAAGGACGACAUCAGACGCUUGUCAGAAAAAGCGCUUAACUCACCCGCCCCUCGUCGCCUUACUUCUGUCCCGGCUGGAACUCCCAGUCGGCGUCAAGGAUCGACAGUUCCUCCAAGUGGUGAAAUCUCUCGUCGGGGACCCUUGCCCCAGCAAACUCACUCUCCUCAGAAAGAACGAUUGGCGAACACAGCACCGGAUGCAAAUAGGGCGCUCCACACGGAGAUGGCAACACAAGCGGAACCGGCACCUCAGACGCAACACGCAGAACGGUCAGCCCAGGCAGACAAAGUACCUGACAACGUCGCUUCUCGGUCAGGAAUCACUUCUCAGAGGGUUCCUGGACAAAGUCUCUCCGACCAAGUCCCACAGAUGGUAGCAAAAGACCCAGGUCGCCGCAAGUCCAAAAGCAACUUCCGAGACCCGGCCUCGUUCGCGGCACUCAUGAGGCGCCAGGCUGCUAGUCGUCAGGAACCUGUCUCGAACGUCGAAUCGCAUGCGCAAAAUAUUUCUACGGACACAAACAUUGUGACCCAAGCGAUUGAUCCUGGCCCUUCCGCUAGUCCCGGAGCCGAUUCUCCUGAAGUCCAACAAACCCCUGAGCUGUCAUACCGAGAUAUCGGCGACGACUCUACAUAUGUAAACAAUGACGAGGACUUGGACCUCGGUCAGGGCCCAGAACCUGAUGUUAUGACAUCAACCAGCCCCCCUACCUCCUCUAGAAUAAGUAGGGUCAGCCAUAACCCCAAUCCUCGGUUCUUUGAUUCGCCAAGAGAUGAGAACACACAGCGAUCGGUUCAAAUCGCUCGGCGCUUCCUCGAUAAGCAGAGUAACGCUAGAGUUGUGUCGCCGAUCAGUCAAUAUGAUACUCAAACUCCAGGAAAUCAGUUCACUGUUCUGGGGAAACGAAAUCGAAAUGUGGAUGUCCCGGACGAUGACACAAGUGACGGGUCAGACAUUGAAUUCGAGCAGAACAAUCACGACGUUGACCCCAGGCGUAGGGUCGAAAAGCCCCAGCAAAAUUUGCCUGCCGCGAAGCGACAGCGCCCCGAGGAUAAUGCGAGGUCCGCCGGAGAACGGUUGCUAUCGAAUAUCAACAAAUUGUUCCACCAUAACCAACCUAACGCAACACAAGCUUCUCAAAGGGUUCAGAGAGCUGAUAGUGACGAUAUCACUGAUGACGAGACCACCGUUGAACAGUUCGAACCGCCCACUAGUACCCAGAGUCGCUGGGCAGCCUCCAAUUCCCAGGCUCCGCUGGUCAAUCGGAGAGCUCCGAAGACCAGCCACAGGUGGACAGACGAAGAAGAUGAACGUCUGCUCCACCUCUUGAAUAUUUAUGGCACUUCCUAUGCCACCAUAAAGAAACAAGACAACGCUUGCCCCCCGUCUGAAGGUGGUCCCAUGCUUGAGCGUCGUUCCCAAGUCAAUUGCAAAGAUCGUGUUCGCAACUUGAAGAGGAAAUUUCUCAGGUAA